AUGCCGUACAAGGCUCCCAAGAUCUCGCAAGGCCGACGUCGCAUUGCCGUCUCUCGGGGAUGUAGGGCACAACCGACGGCCCCUGAGGCUGAAGUGAAGGCCCCAAGGGACCUCGAUACCAGCGACAGUGAGGCUAGGCUUGCCGAGCACAGGGGUCUGGAGAAUGGCAAGGGAAUGCAUGCCUACAUCAGCUACCAGUGCUCUCAGAAGGGAGAGCUGGACAUCAAGAAGGCCCGAUAUGUGGAGGCCCGAUAUGUGGACAUCUAA